AUGCCGCCGCAGAGGAAGCCUCAGGAAAAGGCCAGCCAUCUUCAGCCGAGGAGCCAUAUCUUUGGACUCCCCGAGGCGCCAACGUUCUAUCCGACUGCUGAAGAGUUUGCCGACCCACUGGCAUACAUCCAGAGUAUUCGCCCACUGGCAGAAAAGUCCGGUUUGUGCAAAAUUGUGCCGCCCGAAGGCUGGAGCCCGCCGUUUUCGCUUGAUACAAAGAACUUUCGCUUCAAGACGCGCAUCCAGCAGCUCAACUCGCUGGAGGGUAAGACGCGCACAAACCUCAACUACCAGAGCCAGCUGUACAAAUUCCACGCGCAGCAGGGUCAGCCGACGAUAAAGGUGCCGCAGCUUGACCACCGCCCCAUUGACCUGUACGAUUUACGCAAUGAGGUGGCUGCGCGCGGCGGCUACCAAAAGGUCAACGGCAGCAAGCGAUGGGCAGAGAUUGGCCGCGUGCUUAAAUAUGACCGCAAGACGUGUACCUCCAUGUCGACCGCGCUGAAAUCAACCUACCAGAAAAUUGUCCUGCCUUUUGAGCUCUAUCUGGCCAAGCAUGGCGGCUCUUUUCCAACCAGCUCUACGUCAAACCGCAACACGCCCGCGCCGCUUAAUAUUUCCGGUGUGAGCAAUGGCUUUCUUGGCUUAGACGAUGGUAACUCUGCAUCUGCACUAGGCAUCGGCAGCCCCAGUGGCGUUCGUCGCUCCAAGCGCCAGCGCUCUUCGCGUCACAUAGGCAGCGACAGUGCCGAGCCGUCGCCGCCGCCUGUCCUUGAGCACAGUGGUGAUGACCCCGGCUUCCACACCCACAUCAUGCAAUCGCAUUUUGCCUCGUCUGUCUCUGGGGGCAGGGGAAUCAGCCCGGCGAUCAGCGACAUGCUGCUCGACAGCGACAUGUCUACAAAUGGCAACGAUGUGGGCGAGAGCAGCAGGGCUUGGGCAGCCAAGUCGGCGGAGGAUAUCCCUGAGCAGUGCGAGGUGUGCAAGUCGGGCGAGAACGACGAAAGCAUGCUGAUUUGCGACGGGUGUGACCGCGGGUAUCACAUGCACUGCCUGGUUCCGCCGCUUAGCGCGAUCCCGACCAACGACUGGUACUGCAACUCGUGCGUGCUCAACGCCGGCACUGACUUUGGGUUCGAAGACGGCGAUGAGUAUACGCUCGAGUCAUUCAAGCAGAAGGGCGAUGAGUUCAAGCGCAAGUUCUUUGAGGCAUACUACAGGGACGCGGGCUCCAACCAGGCGGGGAACCCGUAUCUCUACGGUCCACAUAUGGAGGGCCGCGUGCCCGAGAGCGUGGUUGAGCAGGAGUUCUGGCGGCUGAUUGCAUCCCCUUUCGAGGAGGUUGAGGUGGAGUAUGGCGCGGACCUACACUCGGCGCAGCACGGCAGCGGAUUCCCGACAGUUGAGCGCAACCCGCUGGAGCCGUACGCACGGCAUCCAUGGAACCUCAACGUGCUGCCGUUCCAACCAGCGUCGCUGUUCAACCACAUUCAGCAGGACAUUUCGGGGAUGAUGACGCCCUGGAUAUACGUUGGCAUGUGCUUCAGCACGUUCUGCUGGCACAAUGAGGACCACUACACGUACUCGAUCAACUACAUGCACUGGGGCGACACUAAGACGUGGUACGGUGUGCCCGGGAGCCACGCGAGCAAGUUCGAGGAGGCCAUGCGGGGGGCCGUGCCGCAGCUUUUCGACGCGCAGCCCGAUCUGCUGUUUCAGCUCGUGACAAUGCUCAGCCCCGAGGUGCUUUUGAGCCGCGGCGUCGAUGUGGUUACGUGCGACCAGCGUGCCGGCGAGUUUGUUGUGACGUUCCCGCAGAGUUACCACUCGGGAUUCAACCAGGGUGUCAACUUCAACGAGGCAGUAAACUUUGCCACGCCCGAUUGGAUGCCCUUUGACGCGCCGAGCGUUAAGCGCUACCAGCAGCACGGGCGCAACCCGGUUUUCUCGCACGAUGAACUGUUGAUGACUAUGUACGCCGAGGGCGAUCGGUAUGUCGGCCAGAGCUGGUUCCAGGACGCCGUGGUAGAGAUGGUUGACCGCGAGCUUGGCGACCGCAAGCGCGUGCGCAGGAUGUGGUCGCAUGGAUCAGCCAUCAAAGAGGCGCCCUGGGACGAGGUUGAUGAAGGGGACCCGGAUCUCCCGGAGGAAAUCCGGCAGCAGUGUGUCAAGUGCAAGGCCUUUUCGUUCCUUUCGGCCGUGGUGUGCAACUGCAGCCCCAACUACAUUGCGUGCGCGGCGCAUGCUGACAGUGUAAGUCAAUUUGAAUUGUUAAUGUGCUUUUAUUUUUGUUGCUUUCAUGUUUGCUGA